GACGUCCAAGAUGUGACAGCGCUCUCCAAAGUCGUUGGUGAACUGAACAAGACUGGCGGACCUUGCGCACUGAAUAAAACGGUGUACAGCUGCAACGUCCAUUAACGUCGUCUUAGAGAACAAAACACCACAAUGAACGUCGACACGCACCUUCAACUUGGACAGUCCACAGGACUCCUCGCUGGCUUCCAAGCAAAUGUGUCAUCGGCGCCAUUCAACGAUCCGGGCAAACCCGCCCUAUACGAGAGCCAAAUCCGGCUGAAGGAGCCCGAUCUUGAUGCCAAGUGGGACUGGCCAACCAUCACGCUGCACGGGAACACGGAAAGUCUUCUGAGUGCUCUCGUGCAGGUCAAGCUUCGCCCCAGGGCCUCCGAGGGCAAACCCAGCGAAGGUGGAGGGUUUCCCUCCUGGCCAUCUGGUGCCUUGAUUCUCGCAGGACUGACACCAGAUGAAAGAGCCGAGGCGCUUCAGAAGUUGUCUAGUCAAGUCGGUGUUGACCUCAGCAAUAAUGACUUGUCCUACGCCCUCGUUCGACGCACACGCACAGUUGGGAAAGCAACAUACACGUCUUACGAGAAAGGGCUGUUUCGUAUCCAGCCUGGGGUCGUUCGACCUGAAGCUAUGGAGGCUCUCAAGGCUCUAGAGAAGACGGAGGACCCGACCCUUGUUAGCAUUGAAGGCGCUAAGGGGUACUUGAAUUUCUACGAGACUUUUGGCUCUCACUUCAUUUCCAGCAUCCAGGCCGGUGACUCCCUGUACCAGGUUUUCGCCUACGCCGAGGCCGAAUUCAAGGUGAUCUCAGAGUUCUACGCCGACCAACUGGACUACCUGACCGGACCAAGUGCGCCAUCUUUUGUCAUCUUCACCACACCCAAAAAUGAAGCUGGCUACGGCUAUACUGAAGCUGCUGGCACAAUUGGAAUAGAAAGUGGUGAUCCUGCGAUGGCGCAGUCGCUGGCAGAUGGUCUCUGGCUUGACACAGAGUACUCUGGUACCAACAGCAUCUUCAUCCCUUACGUUGGGCCUUCAGAAGGCAUCAACAUCAACGAAACUUUGCAGAAGGUGACAGUCAUCUCUACUCAGUUGGCUUCUCUGUCAGUCUAUGCUGAGUACUACCGUAUGCUGAUCUGGUGGCGCAUCUUCAAGGCAGCCAUGUACGCCAAGUACGCAAAUGGCGUUGAUGUAGCGCCCUACCUCAGCAACAACUGCCCCUAUGAUCUACAAGAGGUGUACAAGGACUCUAACCCGAUAAGCGGCGAUGGUCUUCUGUCCACUCUCGCCACGCCGGUGGUCAAUAUCUUCCAGGAGCGUGUGGAGUUGAGCCAGGUCAACCUUCAGUUUCCAGAACUGGUGGAGACAUUCAGUGUGUUCUCAAACGCAAUUGAGGUGGUGCCUAAUCCACAAGAAUUCCCAGAUGUCCAGGUCAAUGGCUCGUCAACCGUCACCCUUUUCGGUCACAUUUUUUCGUCGGGCGGGACCUCUGCCGUUCCUCCAAAUCUUUUGCUCAGCGAAUCUGCGUACAAGGCUAUCAAGGGGCGGAUCUCCUCCGGUGAGUUUUACGGUGGGCUCCGAGUAAGUUGUGUAACUAGUGGCCAGUUCUUUGUAAUCAUGAAUGGCCUGAUUUUUGAGUAUGCCAAAGGUAAAGUGUCUAUUCCAGGAGAUGUCCGCGUUUCGCCCUCACAGGAAGUGGCCUUAGAGAGGGUAGUGGACCUCCAGUUUGGUCUCGUCGCAGCUGAAGCUCGCUUGAACUUCCUCUUUGCGGAAUACUCCAAGGACGACCCGAGUAUGGAGUUGAUGAAACGCUACCUAUAUUGGCUUGCUGCUGUGGCUGGUGGUGAGUCUGGCACCGCUGCAAAUGAGCAGCUUGCAGCUGUGCAGGCAAGAGCAUUGCAACUGGCAACCGUGGCAGCCAACCCAAUGGGCGCUGGUGUGCCUGUGCCUUACCUCAAGUACGACGCCUACAAAGAUGUCGUUAACAACGUCCAAAAUGUUCUCAAUACAGCCUCUUAUGAGCUUUCCAGCUAUCAAGAGCAGAUCCGGGAUCGGAAGGCAGAAGAGCGACUGAUCGACAAUCUGGAUGCCCUGAAUGAAAACAUCAUCAAAACCGGCCAGCUUCUCUGCGACUACAUAUCUGCUCAGGCAAGCUACCAGGGAAGCAUUGCCGACAUGUUUUCCUCAAUCUUCGAGGAUCAAAAGAAGAAAUUAGAUAUGGCUGCUGACCGCGAAAAGGAACUGCGCUCCAGCUUGGAAGGCCAGAGGAAUAUUGUAAAGGACGAGGUUGCCAAAUAUAAAAAAGCAGUUGUUAACUGGCAGGAUAAGGAGAUGCUCAAAGCAGCUUUUGAUGUCGCUGAACAGUUGUUUAAGAUCGACUUCAUCUUUAAAGCCCCUGGCAAUGCCAUCGAUGCCCUCAAAGAAAUGGAAGUGACUGUGCAGAAAAUACAGGAUGCCAUGAAGGCUUUCGACGUUGUAAUGAAAGCAUACGAGUCUCUUGGUCCACUCCCCUCUGAUCCACAAGCAGUGGUAGACGCCUUGCAAGAUAUAGGCCUGAAUGGAGUGCAGAUGCCUUCAACCUUGGAAUGGGAUGAGUUGAAGAUGAAUAUGGAUGCUACAUUAGGAUCUGGACCACCUGUCCCCGAACGGUACAUUCUUGGUGGUGCUUUUAAUAUUCUCGUCGCUAGAGGGAAAGCGCUUAUGGAGUGUCAAGCUACGAUUCAACAAAUUUCUGCUGAUCUGUCUUCCCUUAAUAUGAAGAUUCAACUAAGCGAGGAGCAGCAGAAACGUCUGGAAGAGCUUAAAGUGGUUCUGGAUGCCAAACCCGAUGAGUUAGAAGUUCCAAAAGUUGAUUUGAUUGGUCUAUCUGGACAGCUGCUGCUAUUUCAACGACAGAUGCUGAUGACACUGGCUUCCACUGUGAUGAUUCAAGACAGGGGCUUACAGUACGAAUACAUACGACCACCUACUCCUAUCGGGUCCUUCACGAUGCUGAACCUUCAGCUUACCAUGGUGAAGCAGUCCCAGAGUAUCAAUGAAGGCAUGACGGUCCAGCCGCCACCUAUGGACUACGAGCAUCCAAUCUUCUACGAGAUCCAUGGUGUCAACCCCAACACCAUAACCAACAACCAAGCCCAUUCCUUCGACAUCCAGAUGAACAGACGCGAGUUCGCCUUUUUCAACUACGUCCGAGUGAAGAAGGUUGAAGUAGAGAUAGGUGGGAUAAAGUCAACCAACAGCGGCAAGUACUACACUGAGCUAGUUUUUGAUGGAAAGCCAUUCUUUGACAGAGGUUUCAAUGGGGAACCCCUGACCUUUCAAACGGUCUCACGGAUCUUCACAGGGCUCCACGAAGUCAGCUCUAGCAGCCACGUGCCACCUUUGCAGGCUGCAAAAACGUUCAAACCUUCUAUGCGUCUGGCCAUCUUCGGUGACCGUUCUUUUGACAACAUAUCUGAGAUCACACCGUUUUCCACAUGGAAAGUCUCUUUGCCUGCGACAUCAAGCAACGAAGGAAUACAAUUCGACAACUUUCCAGGUGGCGUGACCGUGCGUCUCAUUUUUCACAUCUUUGCACAGCUUAAAGAAACGGGUUUGACACCAAAGGAGAUAUUUAUGAGAUCUCAUGAUCUUCUCAUCUCCCGUGGCUUAAGGACGAGUCACCCUGUUUUUAAGCAGGCCAAGUAUAAGGGCAUCUUACCAGAAGGAAAACAGAAAGCCAAGCCCGGAGGAAGAUACCUGAGCAAGGUUUCAGGGAAAGACAUCUCCAAGCGAAGAGGCGCACGUACAACAAACGUAAGCAAGGACGAAGUCUUGAAAAUGAUGUCUGGUAAGUCCGUGUGUGCAGGUUGGGACGUCGUGUUUUCGAUGACAGCGCAGCAAGUCAACGAGCAAUUGUAUAUGCAGUACCAGGACCGUCAGGGAAACCCGGCAUUCGUGCGAGAAACCGGGGAUAUUUCAUCAGAGACCGAGUCAUCAGAGGGUGUCAUCAUGAAGACGGCAUUCAAUUUCAAAUUCAAUGCCCCCAGGUUGGAGUUUUUGUUAAAUAAUUCUUCGUCGGGGCAGGUGUCUCUCCCAAUGAUUUCAGGUUCCUAUGAAUACUCAAUACUUGCUGAGGGGAACUGGAUCGUCAUUGACAAGGUUGAGGUUCUAGAGUCCGACGGUGCCUACGUGAAGGGAGAUGUCCCCUUAGCGGUCUUGGCUGGAUCAGUUUCCUCACAGAACAACGUCUGUGUAAAACUCAACGGCGGCGCCUUCUCGGCCGAGAACUUCACACCUGGCACAAGCAAUCCUAAUAUGAACGCCACUUUGACCAACUACUUUACAGGCUUGCAGGAUGGCUACGAAGUCUAUAAAUUCGGUACUAUAGACUACACGGGGGUAUCAACCAUUGAGUCCUUGAAACCGAAAAAUUUCAUCAUCAACACCUACCAAACUCCCAGUGAUCGUGAUCUCUUGCAGCUUUUCAUUGCUACCACGGGGGAACUUCAGUCCACGGGUCUGUACUUACAAGAGCCGAUACCAAGUAGCUACCAAAGCUCACUGAUCAUCAACACUCAGAUCUUCUACAAAGAUGUGCUGCCAGCCUCUCUCGGAGAUGGUGGGAUAGGUCUGAUUCUGAAAGCAAAUUCACCAGGCGAUGAUCCCAACAAGGAUAAAGUCUGGUCUACUACAGCGACUUCUGGUACAGUGUCGGCUCCUUACCCACCGACAAAAGUUGGUGAGGAUUCCCAUUGGACAGAUUAUGGAACUUUCUACUACGAGUAUUAUGUCAAGGUCCCGGGCGACCGUGUCCAUGUUGACCUCACCGGGAUGGCAUUCAAGUUUGGGGAUUCCGCUGUCAACGGCUGGACUGUGAAGUCAAAGUUCCAGGUCACGGAUUCACCCUACGAUUUCGAAUACGGAUCAAGGGACAAGCUAUGUGACGUUUACGGCUGUGGUGACUGGCAUAAGGUUGUGUACAAGCCAUACUCGACGACUGUUGAUAUCAACAUGGACAGCACUCUUCCCUUCGCUGUGACGGGAACAGGUCAGGACCAGUCAUUGAAGGUGGAAUCAACAUCCUCCAAUGUGAAGGUCGACGGUAAUUUUGAACCACCUUCUGGCGCCUGUGGGUGUGACGACAGUGAACUGCAAAGUCGUUUCCUAACAACCCUCAGGAACAACUUGAUUCCCCAAAUGAAAGCAGUUUUCAACAGGCCUUUCCCCAGCAUCUCCAUCUUUGCUCUGAAGAACAUCUUGUUCCCGGCAAAGAACGUCAUUGACCUGAAGGAGGCAUUCGUGCCUGGGGAUAUGGUUGUUUUCGGUAAUUUCACAGAGUAA